UGCCUAUGGUGGGCCUCUUGCCAAACUCGGAAGCAUUCCCUCCUCGAGUGUGUGGUGUGGUGUUGCAGUUGCAAAUUGCAACACUCAGCACAACACUGCACCACUUUUGUUUCUGCAUUGUGUUUCCCAGCUUAGCUACAACUACAAACAAGCCCACGUCGCUUUCAUAAAACCACACCCACCUGCCACCAUCACUUUCCCCAAAACCCAACUCAUCAAAACUUAAACUCAGAGAGAGAGAGAGAGAGAGAGAGAGUAAAGAAAUGAGUGAAGAAGCUAAAAAGAACUUCGUCGGAGCUCUAACGGCGAGGCCCACCUCCGAUGACCAGAAACAAGCGCCGGCGCUGAAUGUCCCUCCGAAGAAGGUCAUCAUCAAGAGCGCUGAUAUGAUCCCCGACAUGCAGAAGGAGGCCGUUGAUAUCGCUGUCGCUGCGUUUGAGAGGUACAAUGUGGAGAAAGACGUCGCGGAACAGAUAAAGAAGGAGUUCGAUAAGAGGCAUGGCCCCACUUGGCAUUGCAUCGUUGGUCGUAAUUUUGCUCAAUACAGUCAAUUGGCUCCAGCUCAAUAUUAUAAAGUAGGGUGUGAUGUUGAUAUCCAAGGUUCAUAUGUGACUCAUGAAACAAACCACUUUGUUUAUUUCUACUUGGAUCAGAAAGCGGUUUUACUCUUUAAAUCUGGCUAGCCUUAUUGUGGUAGCAAAGAAGUUGAGAGCAAUGGGCAUUGUCUUGUGAUUAUGCAGUCCUCCAUGUAUUGAUUCCACUGACACUCAAAAUCUUUGCAAGACAUUCUUGUCCUUGUAUAUUUGAUGUCAUGUAAUCUAGUUAUCGGUUUGGAUAUGAAUCUAAGGAUUACCUUAGAAGAGUUUUCUAAAAAGGAAAUAUUAUAUCUUUUAAAAAAAAACCUUUCUGAAGCAUGCACUGAAAUUCUUAGGGGCUGUUGGCUUUUGAAAAAA